AUGAAGAUCAAACGCGGCGAUCUGGUGAUCAUUUUUGGAGGCCCUAACAAGAUAUACUUGGCUCAAGUGCCUAAGGAUGAGAAUGAGAUCCAAAAUAAACAGCUAGAGGCAAAUUUGGGAAACCAGAGGCUCAUUCACAAUAGGAAUGGAAUCUUUGAUCUUGCAACUUGCAUAGGAAAAGAGUAUGGACAAAAGAUAUUCUGGGACCCGGAUAAGAAGGGUCACUGGGUGGUAAUUCUCAAGCCAACUCCUGAACUAAUUACAAAGAGUAUCACUCAUCAUACACAAAUUCUUUAUCGUGCAGACAUAUCGCUAAUUUUGCUCCUUUUGGAUUUAUUACCUGGAAAACGAGUUGUAGAAUCAGGUACAGGAUCCGGUUCUCUGAGUUACAGCCUAGCUACUGCAAUCCUUCCGAAUGGUCACCUAUUCACAUUUGACUUUCACAGCAAGCGGAAGGACUACGCAGUUGAAUUAUUUGAAAAGGCUGGAUUAUCGCAUAUAGUUAGUGUAAAUGAGAGAGAUGCGUAUGAGAAAUCUGCAUUUUUAAUUGAAAAUAGCCAAGAUGGCCACGAUUUAAAAGAACAAACAAUAGAUGCAGUGUUUUUAGACCUUCCAUCUCCAUGGAAGGCCAUCUACAAUGUUAACCAGGUCAUAAAGCAUUUUGGAAGACUUGUAACAUUCACGCCGUGUAUUGAGCAGGCCCAGAAGAUGGUACAAACACUACAUGAACAUGAUUUCUCCGGGGUGCGAACGUUUGAGAUUCUUUGCAAGCCCUGGGGAAUUAAUCUUGACGCAGAUGUUUAUGAAAUGGAAGAGUACGAGGAUGCUGUAACCAUUGGUGCAGAUAAAGAAUUCGUAAACUACCAAUUACCCCAAUUAAAUCAUACUGGCUAUCUCACAGUUGCUACCGCAAAUCGCAUUGAUGGUUUUUGA